CAAGGUAAGAACCGUAAAACUGGUCUGUGAGAGGGUAAUCAAAACAAGUUCAUAUCAGCCUUAGCUACCACGGCAUAACAUAAGAAUCAGGACGGUGCACAUGGUUCAAACGGAUUGCACUUUCACCAUUCAACAUUAGUGCAGCAGUGUCUUGUGUUUUUCUAUGCUUCGACAUUUCCUUGGAACCGGAUUGCUAUUCUCUGGUUACAUAAAUCCUGCAUUCAGUCGCACAUUUGGCACCGUCACCGCAGCCGCAACAAAAAUGAGUCUGGAUCAAGCCAAGAAGAUCGCCGCCUUCAAAGCGGUGGACGAGUACGUACGAGAUAACACAGUGGUCGGAGUGGGCAGUGGUUCAACCGUGGUGUACGCCGUACAACGCCUGGCCGAACGGGUCAAAACCGAGGGACUGAAACUGGUAUGCAUUCCGACGAGCUUCCAGGCCCGUCAGUUGAUCAUCGAAGGUGGUCUGGUGCUGGGCGAUUUGGAGCAACACCCCAGGAUCCAUUGUGCCAUUGACGGGGCCGACGAGGUGGACGCCGAUAUGGUGCUCAUCAAAGGCGGCGGUGGAUGUUUACUGCAGGAGAAGAUCGUGGCCUCCUGUGCCGAUCAGUUGGUGGUGAUUGCUGAUUACACUAAGAAUUCCAAGAAACUGGGAGAGCAGUACAAAAAGGGCAUUCCAAUCGAGGUGGUUCCGAUGGCGUAUGUUCCCAUAAGGAACCGGGUGGCCGCCAAGUAUGGAGGGAAGUUGAAUCUGCGGAUGGCCGUCGCCAAGGCCGGUCCCGUCGUUACCGACAAUGGAAACUUCAUUCUGGACUGGCAUUUCCCGGAAGGAGGAGAUUUUGACUGGGAUGCGGUGAACCGAGAUAUCAUGAUGAUUCCCGGGGUGGUUGAGACGGGACUGUUCGUGAAAAUGGCAUCCAAAGCUUACUUUGGGCUUGCCGAUGGAUCUGUCACCGAAAGAAGUGCCUAAAGUGGUUGGUUAUCGUAUCUCACUCGAAAUGUUUAUUCAAUUUUGAUUUUUUUUUAUCGCUAUGUUCAAUAAAUUAAAAACAAAGGAACAAAAAACAA